AUGAGUCAUGCCGUUUCUCUAACGGAACUUUUGGAUGGUAACUCGAAGAAAAAAAAGCUGGAACGACUUAUCGUCAAUCCAGACGAGCCGCUAAUAUCAGGAGAUGAGUUACAUAGUGACAACUCUGGUUUACAGGACGAAGAUAUAGACGCAAGCUCAAUGGUAAUAUCAGAAGAUAUACUGCCACCAGUAAAGAAAACGAGUUCUCAAACGCUGGCUGAAAAGGAGCCACAAUCAGUACAAGAUUUUCUAAUGAGUAGAAAAAAUAAAAGGAAGGUGGAACCGAUUGACGACUUAGACAAUACUGUUAUUAUCUCAUCAGAUAUUGAAGAAACCAGCCAAGAUGGAGUAUUUGUUGAUAAUGUCGAAUUUUAUGAAAAAAGCAGUUCGAAGCAGAUGCCAAGUAAAGUUUCAUAUCCCGCAAAUUUCAAAACAACAAGGUUAAAGGACUUGUUCAAAGACCUAAAGCAAGCCCCUUCGAAGCCAAUUGAAUUAAAUUCUGCUACAGUUACUCGCACCCUUGAUCGUGAUGGAAUAAGUAAGAAGAAACGCAAAACGUGCUCAAAACCCACAUCUAUCGAAGCGCCAUUCCCGUCUAAACAGUUGAUAGAACCUGAUAAUGACAAUAUUAAAUACAGAAAGUUGCACAUAUCUUGCAAAAAAAGAAAUCUAACAGACCAAUCGACCUCAAACUUUGAAUCUUUUGAGUAUGAACUGCUGACUGCAAAGGAAAACAAACAACACAAUAAAAUGUUCACAAAAAUAUCCACAAAUAACGAAAAACAUGCCUCCCUAUGGACACGUCUUAUGAAACCGAAAUCAAUCAAUGAUGUUCUUUUGGAUAAAUCACUUAAGAGUAACGUCUCUGCAUGGAUCUCUCAAGCUUUUAUGAAGCUAAAAAGACCAACCACAAGGCAUAAACUUUUAAAGAGGCAGAGAGUAGAGGAUAAAACGCCUCUAGAUGAUUUCAUAGUGAACGAUGAAACGGAUGAAGACGCCACUGGGAUUAGAGAGUUUGUACCUAUCAUGAUUCUAUUCGGAGAAGGUAUUGGCAAGAAUACACUGAUUGAGGUUAUAAUGAAACAGCUCGGAGGGCAUGUUUACGAAAUUGAUACGUCUUCGAACAGAUCCAAGAAAAACAUAUUUGACAGCUUGAAAGAGUUCUCAACUUCUCAUUAUGUUAAAGGCAAGGGUGCCAAGGGAGUCAUAUUAUUCGAUGACGUUGAUGUUCUUUUCAAAGAACAUGACAAAUUUUUUUGGCAAGCCGUUGAAAGAGUGCUUUUAGGCAGCAGGCGACCAAUAUUAUUGCUGUGUCGCGAUCUUAACUACAUUCCCUAUAGUAUCGUUCGAUUAGCAGCCGAUGAAGGUGCACUUUUCCAUGCGAAAAAGGUAUCAAGCCAAACUGUUAUCAGAUUUUUACAGCGAUAUUGCCAAAGGCUUGGACUCGAUAUCAGUGUACCCAUAUUGGAACUACUUGUGAAUUCCAAUAACAAUGACAUAAGAAAAUGCCUGAUGGAACUGCAAUUUAUAUGCACUUUCCCGGGAGGCUUUUCUGCUCAAAGUGACGAAAAAAGGGAUUUCGAUCCGGGCGAUCUGAACAAAGCAGCAUUAUAUGCUGAUAGCAUCUCCUCAUGUAAUAUCCUUCUCACCAAAACUGAAUGGAUGUCAUCAAUAGCCCAGCACGAUGAUUUAACCUUGAUGUCACCACAAGUAGUCGCAAAAUAUAAUAACUUUAGCGAAGACCAAGAGAAGCUUCGAAACGAUUAUUUGAUAGAUUAUAGACUGCAUCUUCUGAACAAAAUCAACCAUCGAAUGUUGCCCUUUGAACUUAAUAUUGCUAAAGAAAUCAACUCAACACUCAAAAAAAUAUAUCCAUUAUUUGAGGUUCGUCAUCUUAACACACAAAAAAGUUUUAAUAAUAUUUGCAGAGCAGCUAUAUCUUACUUGAGCACUAGAAUUGAUUUCCAACAACAAGGUACGGAAGUACAAGCAAGACGAACGAGAAAUUCCAAAAAAUAUCAAGAAAUUCUAGAUAGUUUUGAUGGAAAAUAUGCCCAGACUUCGACAGAAGAGAACAUCAAGCAUGACUUUGCUGUUUCAGUAAGCAAAAAUAUCAAGGAGCAAGUGUAUCCAUUUGCAUAUGAAAUAGCCAAGUCGGAUGCUCUAUCUAAAGAAAAAAAUAAGCAAGUAUUUCUGGACGCUUCCAAAGGAGUUGCAAAGGACCAGUAUGAUGAACUUGUGUAUAAGUUGCUAGCACAUGGGGCAAUGAAGCCAAUAUGGUUCAAAGGAAAUCCGAAACUUGUGAUAGACAAUUGA